CUUUCUCAUAAAUAGCUGAGCCAUCCCCCCAUCGAGCAUUUCUCUCACCAAUUUCACCUCGAGUCAGAUCUACACCCUACCGAAUAUCCACACACCAUGAGCAACAACAUCCUCAUACUCGGCGCCACCCGCGGCCUCGGCGCCUCGCUACGAACCCUCUACGCCGCCAAAGACACCACCAAGACCGUCUUCGCAACAACUCGUUCCUCCUCCCCUGAAUCCACCGACAGCCACACCACCUGGAUCCCCAACAUCGACAUCUCGCAGCCGGACGUCGGCCAAAAACUCACCUCCCAGCUCCCCUCCUCGCACAAGAUCCACACCGCCAUCAUCACAGCCGGAUACUUCGGUUUCGAGACCUUCGACACCCCGGACUGGGACAAGCAGGUGAAGAUGUACACCACAUCUGCGAUCGGGCCGGUCUUUGUCGUCCAGCAGCUCGUGAAGGCUGGGUUCCUGGAAAAGGGCAGCAAGGUGAUCCUGGUGAGUAGUGAGAGCGGGAGUAUUACGCUUCGACAUGAGUCGGAGGGAGGGGGGAACUAUGGUCAUCAUGCGAGCAAGACGGCGCUGAAUAUGGUGGGGAAACUGUUGAGUCUGGAUCUGAAAGAUAAGGGCAUUGCGGUGGGGUUGGUACACCCUGGUUUCAUGCGUACUGAGAUGACGAGGAGCGUGGGGUUUGAUAAGUACUGGGAUGCUGGGGGUGCUGUUACUCCGGAUGAGGCGGCCGGGUCGCUGGCUGAUUUUGUGGAGGACUUUGAUAUCAGUAAGACGGGGGAGUAUUGGGCACCCAGGGGUCCGGGGGACAUUGGAACUGCCGAGCCAGUGUUGGGGAAGAACCUGUCGACCCCGUUGCGUCUACCGUGGUAGGUUGUACGCAAAUGCAAUAUACAGACCGGCUGUAUAAAUCACACACACAAUAUACUCGGCUUCUGACAGCCGCUUGAUAUGCUGUCAGCAACCCCGGAUCAUGGGGUGGGGCAUUUGACGUCACUUGAAAUCAACGCAGCGGAUAAUUAUCAAUCUAAUAACUUCGAAAUAUUACUC